UUCAAGAAACCAAAAAUGAUUGUUUUCCAAGCCGUGAUGAUUUCCGUCAUCUUGGGCAUGGCUUGCGGCUCGCCGCUUAAAUCGCCUAUCUUUAAAAGCCUGGCCCGUCCUCCCGUACGGGUGGGAGUUCCCCAAGUCAGAAGUGAUGAUGUGAACGCCGUUGUGCUAUCCCGGACGGAUGAUGUGCGUCCCGAUGGAUUCGACACAAGCCUGGAGACCUCCAAUUCUAUCAGUGGCGCCGCCAGCGGCGAUGCUUACGGCAACAUCCACGGCUCCUUCAGCUGGGUCUCGCCCGAAGGUGUGCCCGUCUCCCUAACGUAUGUCGCCGAUGAGAACGGCUAUCAGCCACAGGGCGACGCUCUGCCCACUCCCCCACCAGUGCCAAUCGAAAUCAAGCGCGCUCUGGCUUAUAUUGCUGCACAUCCUCCAGCACCCGAGGGCCAAAAUGUGAGGAAAACCAUAUUUGGCUAA